AUGGCAAGUCUUCCUGGUAUUGAUGAGCAUACUACAUCUGAAGAAUUAAUAACUGGUGAUAACGAAUGGCAUAAGUUGGUUAUUCCAAAGGGUAGCGACUGGCAAAUUGAUCUCAAAACUGAAGGAAAGCUGAUAAUCAAGAUAAACUCGGGCAUUGCUGAGAUAUUUGGCACCGAACUAGCGGUGGACGAUGAAUACGUCUUCCAGAGCUGGAAAUUCCCUAUAUACGCCGUCGAAGAUACGGAACUAAUUUGGAAGUGUCCCGACUUAACUACAAAUACAAUCAUUGUCAGGUCUAAUCAUACUAUGAAAUAUAUAUAUAAUCUACACUUCAUGUUGGAGAAAAUAAGGAUGUCUAAUUUUGAAGGUCCUCGAGUGAUGGUUGUUGGUGAUCCGCAAACUGGGAAAACUUCCCUAUCGAGGACAUUAUGUUCGUACGCUCUGAAAUUUAACGCUUACCAACCAUUAUACAUUAACCUUGACCCUCAACAACCCAUAUUCACUGUUCCCGGAUGUGUAUCUGCGACCCCCAUAUCAGAUAUACUUGACGCACAAUUACCUACCUGGGGUCAGAGCCUCACCAGUGGUGCCACAUUACUCCAUAAUAAGCAGCCGAUGGUGAAAAAUUAUGGCCUGGAAAGAAUCAAUGAGAACAAAGAUCUAUACUUUGAGUGUAUAAACCAGUUGAGUGAAGUAGUACGUGAAAGGUUACAUGUGGAUCCGCAAGUGAGGAGAUCAGGGUGUAUCGUUGAUACACCAGCAACAACCCAACUGGACGAAAAUUUGAACGAACUGCACCAUAUAAUUGAAAAACUCAAUAUUAAUAUUAUGCUAAUAUUGUGUUCGGAAGCUGAUCCUCUUUGGGAGAAAGUGAAAAAGACGUUUGGUCCAGAAUUAGGCAAUAAUAACAUUUUCUUCAUCCCUAAUUUAGAUGGUGUCUCUACAGUAGAUGACGUAUACAAGAGAUCCUUGCAGAGGACAUCCAUAAGAGAGUACUUUUAUGGCUCCCUGGACACUGCUUUGAGUCCUUAUGCUGUUGGCGUUGACUAUGAAGAUGUUGUUAUCUGGAAACCUAGCAAUGUAUUUGACAACGAGAUAGGGAAGGUGGAAUUGUUCCCCGUCACAAUAACUCCAAGCAAUCUACAACACGCUGUGAUAGCCAUUACUUUCGCCGAAAGAAGGGCAGACCAGGCAACUGUAAUAAAAUCGCCCAUUUUAGGGUUUGCUUUAAUCACAGAAGUUAAUGAAAAGAGACGUAAACUAAGGAUUCUUUUACCUGUUCCAGGUCGACUUCCUAGCAAGGCAAUGAUUCUGACUUCAUAUAGAUAUUUAGAAUAG